AUGAAAUGGGAGUGCCAAGAAAAAAAGGGGAGUGAACAGUGGACUGGAAGGACUAUUAUCAUCCAGGGAUCACAGAUGGAUCGGGCCAUCCUUCGCCCACCCGAUUUAGAUGGCAUCAGUGGUGUUGGUCAGCUAUCCGCUGAGAACGUGGUCGAUGCUGUGGGUCGGUGCAUCCGACUGAUUGACCCAUCCGUGGAUGUCAAAUGCAAACUACCGUCAAAUAUGGCCGCCAAGUACAGAGUGGGCACCCAGCUAGCUGAUGCUGUUAAGGGUUUGAACUAUCAAGGAGAAGUGGGCUAUCAUACAUUUUUGUACGUGAAUGAGGUUGAGAUGAGAAAGAUCUUCUCCUUCCUGAUUAGUCGUCUGCCGAAAGACAGGUCCAUUAUAGAGCAAGAGUGUCUAACUCCACAAGUUUUGCUGAGAAGAUCAAUCAACCAGACCAUCAACCAUCUCCUUAAGCAAGCGUGGCUGCCACCUUACUGCUGCAUAAAAGAAGAAAAAGUUAAACGACCAUUCAAUGCACAUGUCAUGCUCGUGCCAAAUCAGUUUGACAGGCAAAACAACAUUCCACAAGAAUUGCAAAAGUACUACUCCCACCACCUUCCUCUGUCGACUCAACAGUUUGCAAACAAAUCAACAACAUCAACAAACAACAGCAACAACAAAACAAGCAUUCUUUUCUGCUCCAUCCUACAAUACAACUCCUUGAAAGUGGCCCAGGAAAGGCGAGAGAGAUACAACAACAACAUCAUCAGCUCUAGUAGUGGUAGUGAUAACUUGAAGGAUUCUAUUCUGUCGAAAAAGUCAAAAGAAAACAUUCUUUCCAAAAUAUCAAGCCAAAUAAAAGAAUCAUUGAAACAUACGAACAUAGCUUCAUCAUCAGCUCAGUUGACAUCAUCUUCAUUGCUGUCAUCGUCAUCGUCUUCAUCAUCCUCUAAGUUCAGGGCCAAACAAAAAAUGUUGGCUACAUCACCAUCCUCAUCAUCAUCCUCUUCUUCACAGUCGCAUGUUCUUUCCAAUGUCGAAGCAGACAAACAGCUCACUGAUACUAAGCCAAUAUUGGAGGUUGCUGUACCUGUGGGAAAGGAUGAGGAUGAAGAGUUGAGAGAUUUGGAAGAUAAACUGAAGAAGUUCGUCGGGGAGUUGAAUGAGAAGGGAGAGAUGAUGGAGUCGUUGAAAGAGCAUCUCCAUCAGAUGAAAGGUCAAAUAAGUGAUUUGACAAAUGAGAACAAGCGAAGGAAGGCUGAGGCGAAAAUGAAGAAGAAGAUGAUUGGUCUGUUGCCCGAAGCACAAGAAAGCAUCGUCCAAUUAGAAAACGUGGUUAGUGAAGCUGAACAACGAUUGGCUGCUAUGAUGAACCAAUGGGAAGAUAGGAAGAAACAGCUGGAGGAGGAGUUGAUUGGAUUGCAAAUCCGAUCGGAUAACAAUGAGACUCGAAGGGACCAUCUGCUAGACGAGUUGAAUGAGGUGAGGUGCAAUUUGAAGUUGGCAUCCGGCCAAGCCCAAGAGAAGAAUCUGCUACACAAACAACUUCUGAUUGAGCUCGAGAAGAUGACCACGCACGGACCCAGCCGAUCGACGUACACGACUCGCAUCCUGGAGAUUGUGGCCAACAUCAUGAAACAGAAUCAGGAGAUAGAGAAGAUUCUUGUUGACACGAGGUCAGUUCAGAAAGAGAUCAACCAGGUAUCCGGUGUUCUUGAGAGGACGUUUAUUGUGACUGACGAACUCCUCUUCAAGAAUGCCAAGUCAGAUGAAACAUCACGAAGGGCAUACAAGCUGUUGGCAAGUCUGCAUGAGAACUGCAGUUCUUUAGUGAAAUCAGUCGAAGAGAUUGGUGAGAUAACGAAAGAGACGAGAGAUAUUGAGGAACAACUGGAGAUUGAAAGAGACAACCAGACCGAAGAGAGUCUUGAGAGAAUCAGCAAUGACUUCAAACUCAUCAAACUAGAGAACCAACAACUAAUUCAGCAGCUGAAAUCCAAGAUGACGACCUAAGUAAAUUUCAAUGUUCCUUCCUUCUUGCCGGCGUUCUAUUUAUGCAUGUUUCCAUUAGAUGCUAAUACAGCUCCACCCGUCCAUAUUUAUUUCACAUAUACACCCAUUAGCAUUUACGUUGAUGAUUUUUUGUUAAAUGUUGUUAGGUGCCAAUGUUUAAAUCCAUGAAUGAUCAUGAAUUGUAAUUUUCUGUUCAGAUAAAUGUGCUUGUUGUUUCCAUUUCGACCAGUUUUGUAUUUUUAUAUUCAUUGACUUUGAUAAGUGCAAUUCCUUAAUUUGUGUUCAACAAGUUGAUACGAAAAGUAAGAAACUGUUAUAAAUUAAAUAAAUUGUUUUAAAUCGAAGACGAUGUGACGAUUUGUGAAUGGAGGUUUGUUGAGUUAAUUAAAUGAAAUUUAAAAACAUGACGACUCUAAAAAAUAGUAUGUUCAGUUGGACACUCACUCAACCGAAAGCAACUUUACAACAUCAGUAUUAAAACUUACCUUUGAAUAUUAUUAUAUGAAAAGUUUUCAUUAUUUCUUAUCAAAAUUUUUCCACUUAAGAGGUACGAUCUACCAGCUUUUUAUCGAUAUUUGUUUAAUUAUUUUUUUUCAUAACCUUUGUGCGAAGAAAUAGCUUUGUUAACAUAUAACUGAAGUUUCCGAACAUUGCUUUGAAUCAAAUUCAAAGAUGAUUUUUCACGAUAUAAUGUAUCAGUUUUAUCAUAUGAAUGAGGAAAGUAAAUUCGAACUAAUUG